ACCAAUCGUGACGUAAAUAACAUAGCAAUUUAUGACAUAUCGAAAGAGUUGGGAUCCGGUGGUUUCGGAACAGUGUUUAAAGUUAAGACCAAAAAUAAUGGAGAGAAAUAUGCGAUUAAAAAGUGCUCAUUAAGUGAAAAACAAAAGCAAGAUGUUUUGAACGAAACAAAAAACUUGAUAAAAUUGCGCUCAACCUAUAUCAUUCAAUACUACUUUUCAUGGAUUCAAUGGAAUUGUGUAUAUAUUCUUAUGGAGUGUUUGUCCGGAAAUUUAACACAAAUUUUGCGAAACAAGAAAAUGUUAUUCGGAAAAAUAAUGACUGAUUUUGAAUAUUAUAUAUCAUAUGAAUUAUUUGACCAAUUGGUCAAAAGUAUGGAGUAUUUGCAUAAAAAUCAUAUCAUUCACAGAGACCUCAAACCCGAUAAUGUAUUAAUUGAUGACAAUUAUUACUCUAUUGGAGGUUCGCAUCGAUUUAUAAAGUUAUGUGACUUCGGUUUGUCUAAAGAAGUGAAUGCAUUGAGCGAUCGAUACAAACAAAGUAGAGUUGAAAAUACUCCCGAUUUCAAAGACAAUGUUAAUUAUAUGGCACUCGAAGGACAGACCACUGAAUACAACCAUUUAAUAGAUGUCUAUAGUCUGGCACUCAUUGGAGCGAAAAUUUUUGGUUUUGAUUCCGACGAUAUCAGAGACGGAGUGUAUAUUGGACUUUAAUUCAGAAAUUAAAGACAAUUUUAAUCUUGAGAAUAAAUUAUCAGAAAUAUACCGAUUAUUGCUAUCAAUGAGUGUUAGUAUAUAUACAGAAAGUUAUGGAAAUACUGAUUGGAGACUAAGACCCGAAUGCGAAAUAAUUUUAC